AUGAGCGAGGGAGCGGACUCGGUUGCGCAGACCAGCGGGGAUACGACCUCGACGGGCGGCGAGGGUGAGCGCGAGCGCGAUGCGACGACGACGACGACGACGACGGCGACGCCGUUGCCGACGAAGCCGCCGCUGACGCCGCCGACGCCGCCGCCGCUGCCGCCGUCGCCGACGGCAGCGGCAACGACGACGUACACCACCGGCAGGCGGCCGCGCUUCGGCACCGGCGGCCCGCCGCCGUCGCCCUACGUGUGGAUCGACGGCCGUCAGCUGCGGAGCGCCCUCGCCUGGACCAAGAAACAGCCGCCCCGACGAGUCAGCUUUCCCUUGAGCGACAGUCACCUGGUGACAGGCUACCUCGAACCCGACAAUCCCUGGCGGUACGGAUAUGCUUCUCCAGCAAAAGAACACGUCGACGCGGGGAGUCGUUCUCUGUCUUUGUCCGGUCGGUACUCGCAAUCGGUGAAAGAUGAAAGCAUGAUUCCUGUGUCGAUGUGUCUCUCGCUGAAAAGCUCCUUUAGGUUUAACGACACUGGUGAUCUAGUUCAUGAUGUAGUUAGCGUGGUAGAUCUGGGGUUUGAUGAAUGCACAGUGCUUGUGCUCAGGCAUGAUGCAGAUCUCGUCGCUGAAAAUGUGAAUCGCGAGGACUUAAUCUUUGCAUACAAGGAGUCUUGCGCACGACAUGCCACCGAACCCUUGCAAAAAGUUUUAGUUCAACUCGAGAAUUUGGAUAUAUCUCAAGAUCGUUGCGAGGAGCUGAAUUUGAGAGGGGAAGUCUUGGGUCAGGAUCAUAUCGAACCGUUGGAGGAGAUACUGAAGAGACUACAGUUUCAUAAAAUUGAUUUAGAAGGAUCAUCUCUGAAUGACGAGAGUUCCGUGAUAUUAUUUGAUAUGAUGGAAUAUUAUGAAUCUGCAAAACACUUAAAUAUUUCGUCCAAUCCAGAAAUCGGAGUGCGCGGCUGGCAAGCGUGCUCACAUAUGAUUAAGAAGACUGAGAGUUUAGAGCAGUUUGAAGCUGGGGACAUAAAGUUUGACGAACAAAACAUGAACACGCUGACUCGUGCACUACGAAUGGUUUGCCAUCUACAAGUCCUUAAAUUGGAAAAUUGUGGACUGUCGGGCAGAGCAAUUAUCAUGCUUGUUACAGCCCUAAAAAUAAAUAGCGGUAUACGGGAACUAUAUUUAGCCGAUAACGGGCUUGACUUAUACGACGCUAUACAGCUUGGAUCUCUUUUAAGAAUGAACAAUCAGUUGCAGUUACUCGAUAUUAGUAAUAACAACGUCCAGGACGACGGGGUACGAGAUAUAUUGGAGGGUCUGAUCAAUCAAGUGAACGAGGACAAAACUGGCCAGGGACUUAGCAUCCUGAUAUUAUGGAAUAAUCGUCUGACCAAGAAAUCAUCACACUACUUCUCGAGAAUUAUAGCAUUAUCGAAAACUUUGGAGACUCUGAAUAUCGGCCAGAACAUGCUGACGGACGAGACAUUGAGCAUCGUUAAUGAAUCAUUGAAGCAAAAUCGUGUUCUUCUACAAUUGGGCAUGCAAUCUACGGAACUCACAUGUGAUGGAAUAAUCACGCUUGCUGAGAUAAUGGAGACGAAUCAAGUUUUGCAGAGGAUAGAUUUACGAGACAACACUAUACAGAUGCGUGGAAUGCAUGCUCUCGUGAAUGUCAUGAAAAAGAACAAGACCAUUACGCAGAUCGAUUUGGAUGACAAACCUCGAAUAAGAAUAGACGGUCCCUUGCACGAGUAUAAGGAAAUGGCUAUGGAGAUUCGCAGUCACUGUAGCCAGAACGAGGAACGCCGUCUACUAAAGGAGUCCACCGAGGACGUUGAGAGCCCGCAGCAUUCAAACCGGUUGCUGAACGCGAGUUCCCGUAAGAUCUCGCUUACCUGUCAGACACUGCCAAGUCCGUCGCGAUCGGCGAUGUUAGCCGCCGAUGAGCCGGCGACGCGCACCAUGCUGGAGCCAAAGCGCACCAGCGGAGGCCGUCUGCGCUCCCCGGCUCCCAGUCCCAUCCCCUCUCCCGUGGCCAGUCCGAUCCCCAGCCCGUCCCGGAAUCGCUUCGUUGUGUGUCGAGUGUCGGAAGCAUCGUUGCGCUCCGCCGACUCUUCGGUGUCCUCCUCGCCGGUCACUCCGCCGUCCCUUGGCUCCUCCCCGUCCCUCGGUUCUUCCCCGUCUUUCUUUCCCAACGCGAGCGGCGGCACGUCGCGGUUCCGCGUGUCGGUCGUCGAGUCGGCGGGCGCCGAUCGCUCGUCGCCAAAAUCGGUCGUCGCCUCCUCCAGCGGCAGCUCCGUCACGAUCGGUUUUAACGUCAGAAUCGACGCGGCCGACUCCGACGAUCACGACAGCGCAACCAAGGUGGACGUGCAUGCGACGCAGACCGCUAGCGAUAGCACAACCGCGUCCGUAGGCACGCCUAACGUAGUUGCGAUAUCGCCAGCAGAUAUAUCCCCAAACGAAGACAUUGCCAAAAACGAAGAUCGCUGUGACGAAGGAACGAAGGGGGUGGAGGAGCGAUCGAGUGUGUAUCUAGCUGAAUCGCGACUCUGGACGGAUGAGAGCGUUACUGCGACGUGUAGGAGUGAACGCGAUGCAGUAACGGAGAUCAAAGACGAGCGAUUAGCUCGGGAGGACGUAACUACGAUGUCGCGGUCUGAAAGAAGCGAGGACAUCACGACGAUUCGCGAGGAUCGUUACGACGAGGCGGCGAGUCAGAGCAACGUUACGAUAGAUCUCGAGAGCGUCGCGACGUCCGGUAACAAGGAUACCGAGGCGGCUAAGGAUCAUCGCAUCGUGUAUACGAGUACAAAGGAACUACAGGUACCUGCAUAUCCGAACGAGGAUACGGCCUCGAUGAGGAUUAGCGUAGUCGAGGAUAAAGCCUUGAUAAAAUCAUCCUCGGAUGACACGUCGGAGUUGCGCGUGAAUCGGACAGCCUCGGAAGGAUUGUCCGCCUGCGUUUUGGAGUCUUCCGUAAGUACUACCUCGGGAACGUCGUCCUCGACUCGCGUGGCAGAGUCACAUUCGCGGGAACAGGCGAACACGUCGGUGCAGAGGCACAAGUCCGGCUUGGAGAAGCUCCUGUCUUUGUUUCAGCAUCCUGGCCAGUUCUUCUCGGAUUCUUCGAGCGCUGCCGCGGAUACGAGAAGCUCCCUGCAAGAGAACGUAAGCGGCAUGAUGGCACUGGGCGACAGGCUGCAGCAGUACCUGAAGGAGAGUCGAACCAAGGUUAGCACCGACAGUUCGUGGUCGUCGGAACACGGGUCUUUGUUGAGAAACAGACCGGUGAGAGUAAACGUCUCGCAGUUACAAAGUUUGACCAAUUUCUUCACGUCUUUCAAGUUCGAACCUCACGCGAGUCUCGCCGAGCACAGCACUAAUCUCUUCGGUCAGGCGAAGAGUCAGAAUACGAAUGUCGGAGGGAAGGAUUUAGAAAGAUCGACAGAAGUCGAGGUUGCAAGAAUCGACAAAGAAGAUUCGUUCGGCCUGGAGAAGAAUCAGAUUGCGAGAAACGAUGGAAAGAAUCUGGUCGGACAAGAGAAUGGCAAGAGCAGUUCGUGUGAUCAGGAGCGAAAUUGGAUUACGAGAGAUGAAGAGAAAAAUUCUGUCGUUAAAGAAAAGAAUCAGAUUGUUAGAAAUGACGAUGAUUUAUUUGUUCAAGAAAACAAUGAAGUAGGCAGGAACGACGAGCAGAAGUCGUUUGAUGAUGUUGUCAAAGACGAUGAGAAGAAUUUGGGCGGUCAGGAAGAAAGUCGGGCCUCAAAUGACGAGAACAAUUUAUUUGAUCAGAUAAAAAAUCAGGUUGUGAAAGGUUGCAAUGAGAGGGCGGAUUUGGAGGAUCAAGAAAAAGAACAAGAACAAAUUGCCAAGAACACUGAUGAAAGCUUUGAAGAUCGAGAGAAGAUUCAGGUUAUUGAAAACAACGAGAAUGUACGAGAUCAAGAGAAAGAUGAGAUUGCGAGUGACAACGAGCACGAUUUAAACAAUCGGGAGACGGUGUCCGUGAAAAGCAGCGAGAAGAACUUGGAAGAUCAGGACAACGGGACUCACGCGAGAAACGACGAGAAAGAUUUCAUGGACACGCAGAAUGUAUACGUUAACGAGGGGAGUGUCGAGGAGGACGGUGUGCGUUGCGUAGACGAGUUAAAAUGGACAGAAUCUGACCUUAGUGAUCGACUGUUACCUGAAAGUGUGCAAUCAAAGGAUGAUUUUGUUGAUAACUUAGUAUUAGAUGGCGGCUAUGUCGAGCCGGACGUGGCGGCUCCGUCGUCGCUGGCGAGCAAAUCCACUGUGUGUAUAGCUGUAGAGUUAACGAACGUAGCCGGAUAUUCUGCAUUAGAAUUAAGUAAGACCGACGGUACAGGGUGUAACGACGAUUUUAUUAGUGACCAGGAUCGCGGAGAGCGCGAUGAUCUGCAGAAUCAUACGGAGCGUAGCGACGUUGAACGCUUAAAACGCGACAAUCUGGAGGGCUUAGAACGCGACGGAGCGAAAGUUUUAGAAAAUAAUGACACAGAGUGUUUAGAACGUAACGACGCGGUUGAAGGAGUGGAUACCUUGACGGCGAGGACAUGUGAUACAACCACGGACAGUAUUAAUCAGACUAGUGAUAGUAGUUUUCCGAUUUGUAACAUAGGGCAUGAUAGGAAAACCGUAGAUAGUGUAAGUACGACGAGGGCGUCGAUGAGCACAGACGACGACGUCGGCACGACUGAAUGUCCGUCAGACAACCGCGGGACGUCGUCGACGUCGUUGAACGAUGUCUGGGCGUCGUCGACGUCGGUAGACGACGUUGGGACGACGCCAUCGAGGUCGUUGAAGGACGUCGACUCGGAGGACCACUUAAACGAGGAAGUUACCAGUAGCACGUGCUGCAUUGUCGACCAAGAUCGAUGCGAGUCUAAGAAAAAGGAGGAGGAGGAGAAAAAGGAGGACCUGGCGGAAGUCCUUGAUGCUGAUGCUUGCCGCGAUUCCGUCGAUUGUAAGAGUAUAAGUGUAAAUAUUAACGUAGAACCAUGCGAAUCGGAUUCGGGGAGCCAGGAGGCGCUCGGGGAGCAUCACGAGGGACAGUCUUUUAUGCCAAAUAAUGUCGACGUACAUCGAACUAUCCCUAAAGACGCGACCGAGAUGGACGACCAGCCGGAGGACGUCGUCGAUGAUGGCAGGCGUAUCGACCCGACCAUCCUCGUCACGCCGUACGAGACGUCCGCGAAUCUGGACAAAUCCGACGCGGAGGAGCUUAUUUUCUGCAUGACGGACAUCUCGACGGACGGCACGUCCGUCGAGGACGAGCUGUCGCCGAGCGUUCCAUCCAGGAGCUCGCCGAACGACGGCGCCAAAGUGACGGAGUCGUACUACGAGCUGUCCGCUUCGAGGACUACGUCGACGAGCACGCUGCUAAUCGAGAAUCCCGAGGGCAUGCACAGCCAGGAUUCCGGUAUCGAGGAGACCGAUACCGUUCUGACGAUCGACGACACUGUCGCCGGAACGGUGGUAGACGCGCACCCGAUGCCACCGCCGCGCAGCAGCCUCCAGGAGAGCGUGGACUCUGGGAUCGAGUCGGAGUGCUCAUCGAUAUGCAUCAGGGCAGAGCCCGCCGCCGAGCGGGCGCUGGAGUUCGUCGUGGUCCCGAAGAGGCCCUCGCGCGACGACAACGGCGUGGACGAUGACAACGGCGAGUUCGCGUCGGAUUUCCUAGUGAAGGAGGCACGGCUGGUAGAUAACGACGGCAUGAACGACGGCGUCGCGCAUUCGUACCUCAGCGGCAUCAAGUGCGGCACGGUCGUCGGUACGGCGCCGCGGCCCGUCGCCGACGAAGGCGUCGCGCACUCUCCCACAGCCGUGCACGGCACCAGCCCGAAAUAAUGCAGCGAAGGAAGAAGACGAGAAGGCUAAGGAUAGCAAAGGGAACAAGACGAACACGAUCGAGUAUGAUAUCGAUGACGAUGAUU